CACAUGGCAGCUGUCUCCAGCCCAUUUUCACUCACUCAUUGAAUUUCACUAUAUAUCUAUCUCCUACCAUUUUCACUACAACCCAUCCCUUCGUUUUCUCACCAUGGCAAUGGCACACAUGAUCCUUCUCAUAUCCCUGCUAGUGCCAUCUCUAUUAUGCACAGCAACAAUAUCAAACAAUGAAGAAGCAGAGGUGCAAACCCUAAACACAAACCCAUCCCACUACUACUCCAAAUUCAACCCUCAGGUCCCACCCCUCAGAACACUCUCUUCCUCCAAGCGCUUCGAAGGAUCUUCAGAGUUCGUGAAGCUAAAGUACCACAUGGGACCCGUCCUCUCUUCUCCGAUCAACAUAUACCUCAUCUGGUACGGCAAGUGGGCCCCGUCUCAGAAGCUCCUCAUCAAAGACUUCCUCCUCUCCAUCUCCGCCUCCAACCGCCGCGCCGCACCCUACCCCUCCGUCGCCGACUGGUGGCGCACCGUUUCCCUCUACACCGACCAGACCGGCGCAAACAUCUCCCGCUCCGUCUCCAUCGCCGGCGAGUACGCCGACCUCCGCUACUCCCACGGCAACCACCUCACGCGCCUCUCCGUCCAGGAAGUAAUCGCCACGGCGGUGCGCUCCAAGCCCUUCCCGGUGGACCACCGGAACGGGAUCUACCUCAUCCUCACGGCGGAGGACGUCACGGUCGAGGACUUCUGCCGCGCCGUCUGCGGGUUCCACUACUUCACUUUCCCAUCGAAGGUGGGGUACACGCUCCCCUACGCGUGGGUGGGGAAUUCGGGAAAACAAUGUCCGGAAGUGUGCGCGUACCCGUUCGCGGUGCCGGGGUACAUGGGAGGAGGGGGACCGGGGCAGUUAUCGCCGCCGAACGGCGACGUUGGAGUGGACGGAAUGGUGAGCGUGAUAGGGCACGAACUGGCGGAGCUGUCGUCGAAUCCGCUGGUGAACGCGUGGUACGCGGGGGAGGACCCCACUGCCCCGACGGAGAUUGGUGACCUUUGCGAGGGUUUGUACGGCACGGGUGGCGGUGGCGGUUACAUUGGGUCCGUAAUGAAGGACAGAGAAGGAAGAACUUUUAAUCUUAACGGUAGGAAUGGGAGAAAGUUUUUGGUUCAGUGGAUUUGGAGCCCCGUUCUCAAGGCUUGUGCUGGUCCCAAUGCUUUGGAUUGAAUUUCAUCACUCAUAUACACUACUACACUAGUAUUCUUUCUUUCCUAUGCUUACUUCCUUUGUAUCAUAUCUAAUGAUGCUUUUCUUUCCCUUCUUCAGACCAAAUUCAUUUAUAUUAUCAUUAUCGCAACCUUUUUGCACCAUUUUACCUUCCUUUUUGUUCUUUUCACUGUGCUUUCUUCCCAGCUUUUCCUUGCUCCAGCGCCGCUGGCUUUCCCCCCUCCAAAAUCUUGAUCUCAAGGACACUCACCCUAUAGAUUAUUAAAAUCUUAGACUUAUUCAAACUACAUUUUUAUAAAAUCUUUAAACAAACAAAUCUAUGCUGCAAAUAUCAGUGCUUUAACUGAUAUGAUUGUCACUAAAUUCUUAAAAUGCAAAUAAUCUUAAUUUAUUCUGUGUUGUUAUCCUAAUCUAUUAAGAUUUAUUAAAAGUUCGUUACGAUUAUAUUAGGCUCGCGAGUGCAUCGUAUCAAGUAAUCUGGUAUUCUCCUAUAAAUUAGGAAUCUUGUCCACUGUUACUAAUAUAAAAGUAAAAUUUUCUCUUCUUUUAUAAGUUAGGUUACAGUUAAUUAGUCUCUUUAUAUGUGCGAUAUGUCAUUCUAAAUGCAUCCAUGUUUAUCUGUGUACACUUACCCUUAUUUAUGUCCAUUUAUUUUCCUCUUUCUU